CGACACUUUACUGCCGGAGCAGAUCCGUGAGCGAGGUUACCUGACCAGAUCUGGAGUCGUCUGGAUCUUUAAAUCAAUCCCGCUUCACCCGUUUGACUCGACUGAUCUGAUCUGCGAUGAAUAACACCAAGGUCGAAUUUGAACCUUUUGAAUAUUCCUACUAUGACUAUUCAGACUGGUACAACCCAGAGCCAACCAAACCACCCAAAGAAGUUAUUUUACCAUGUGACCCCACAGCCGACGACAAGCUCUUCAACAUAUGCAUGCUGUCGAUAUCCCUGGUGGUCGUGUUAAUCCUCGCAGUUCUCACCAGGAAAAACAAAUUCUGCCAAGGCUUCACGAGAGGAUCCUCCAGCAUCUUCAGUCCAGCCAACUUCUUGGACCAGACUCAGGAGAAAGGCCUGGUCAUGGCUGUUUUCGGGCUGGUGUUCAGCAAACUGGCAAUGCUGGUGAUCGCGCCGGACCCUCUACCUUUCUCCAAAGACACUCCAGCAGACAUUAAAGAGUACAUGAAGAUAAUCGCCAUCUUCUACUACCCUGUCCUGUAUUAUCCUCUGUUGGUCUGCGGAACCUUGCAGCACAAAGUGGGUUACGUGUUCGGGGCGUUGCUCUCCUUCGGUCACUUCGGGGUUCUGGUGUGGCAGAAGUUCGACUGCCCAAAGACUCCAGAGAUCUAUAAGUACUACGCUCUGCUUGCAAGUCUUCCUCAGCUGGCCUGCCUCGCGUAUCUGUGUGUCCAGUUUGGUUUCCUGUUUGUCAAAGGACCAAAGACUGACGAGGACCUCGACAGCAGCUACUACACCGAAUACGUGAAGUCACUUCUCAAAAAAAGAUCCUCAGCUGCCAGCUCUUCAUCGACAGACAAACCAACAAUAGCGGAGAGAAUCCUGGAGGUGCCUAAGAGUUAUAUUUAUGUACCAGAAAAAGUGUUUCGUUUUCCGAUAAAGCUCGCUGUGUCAGCAUUUGUUGCCUUUGUGGCGAUAUAUCAUACGGCGCUGUUGUUAAUCGUCCUCGUCGUCCCCACGCUCCACAUCGUUCGUGCUGGCAUUGAUGAAAACAUCGCCUUCCUGUUGCUGGGAUUCGGGAUCAUCCUGUCGGACGACAGGAUGGAGGUCGUCAGGAUUGUCACCUUCUACACGUGGUUGCUGGAGGUGUGCUACAUCUGUGCGAUGACUCUGUCCUGUUUGGUCAGUCUCGUCAUGCUCAUGAAGUCCAUGAUACUUCACAGGUCAAACCUGAAAGGACUGUAUAAGGGAGACGUUUACAGCAUUUAUAACAGCCAGAAGACCAUCCGUCCAUCUAAACCCGGUAUUGUGUGCUGGAUGGGUUUGACGGGAUACCAGGCUGCGAUCGUCUGCCUCGGAAUGGCCGUUCAGACCGUCGUGUUUUUCAUCUGCUUCCUGUUCCUCGUGUUUCUGAUCAUCAUCCCGGUUUUCUACGGUCGUAAUAUCAUCGUCUUUGAAAUCGCGGGGAAGGCGUGGCCGGCCUGGGUCACCCUGCUGCUGGUUACUGCGCUUCAACACGUGACCGCUAAGUUUGCUUUUAUCAAAAAGGAAGCUGGUACAAGAGACUUGAACAACAGAGAGAGUCUGUUUCUCCUGACGUACCUGCUCUUCCUGGUCAACACCUUGGUCGGACUGGUAGUCGCAAUCUGGAGAAUGGUGAUAACAGCUUUGUACAACAUCGUCCAUCUCGGCCGCAUUGACAUCAGUCUGCUGCACCGUACCGCAGAGUCCUACGAUCCAGCCUACCGAUACUACACCCACUCCCUGAAGGUGGAGGUCAGCCAGUCACACCCGGUGAUGAAGGCUUUCUGUGGGCUGCUGCUGGACAUGAUGGUUGAAGGAGGCAGAGUUGGACAGAAAAUAAGAGACGCAGAGGAAGGGAUCCAAGAAAACAGGCCGAGCAAGGCGUCCAGCCCUCGGAGGAUUCGCGCUCGCUGGCAGCUGCUGUACACGCUGGUCAACAACCCGUCCCUGCUGGGCUCCAGGAAGCACUUCCAGACACUGCAGACCUCCGAGAACGCCCUGAACGGGACCCCGAACCACAGCUCCAAAAAGGGCAGCAAGAAGGAGGCCGACAAGCCAGCCGCCGAGCCAGUCGAGUCCACCGAGACCGCAGCAGACCAAGAUAAAACUGACUGAGAUCCCCAAUCCUUAGAGUGUGGUGGGCGGUAUGCUCCAAACAAAAUGCAAUACACACAACAGACGACGAGUUGAUCUUCAGUUGAUGGUUUGAUAUCAACCCUGACACCAGAGCUGCUAACGCCUUCACUGAUUACAUAUUGAUGAAUUACAGUGCCAGUUCCGAUCAGUGGCAGCAGUCAAUAAGAGCUCACAGUCCAUUUUUGCCUCGGGUUAAUACAGUUACGUCGACACACGUCGGACCUCAAUGUGUACUACGUCAUACGUCAAUGCAGUGUUACAUCAUGGUGUGAAAUAAUAAUUUCUCCAUUGUAAGCUGUUAAUCACAGUGUAAUAUCUUAAUAUUACUGUUAGUAGUUUGUGUGCCCAAAGCUUUCUACUUCAGAUUAUUAUAUAUAAUUAUUAUGGUGAAUCAUAUGAUGGGACAUUCAAGUCACACUGUAUUUCCUAUAUGCAAUUUUAAUGGAUAUUUCAAUGGAUAUAUGAAUAAACAAGUGCCUUAAAUAGUAAACAGUAACUUCAUUUAUCUUCUAUUUUAACAU